AUGGAAAGUGAAAAGAAUUUCAAAGAAAACGGCCCUCCCCACUCCCCUUCCGCACCACGGCUUUCAUCUCCAGAUUCCACAAACGAACCAUAUAGUCCCGGUUCAACAACCCGGCCCAAUAACGGCAAUCUGAACAUUCCAAAACCAGAGCCCGAAGAAAAUCUCAUUUCAUUCUCACCAGUCGUCGGUGACAACAAGGGAGCUUCAGUUGAAAACAAAGAACCUCCACAAAGUCGCGACAAUCAUCACGAAACAUCACCAAAAUCAGAUCAUGGCCCGGCCCAGUCCAGUUAUGAUGCCUCUGAUGGGCCCACCACGCAAAAGCCUGAAAAGGAAGAAAAUACGGAGCCCAAGAUUGUCGCAAGGCCAACUCCCGAGGACGAUUUCAUACCCUUUGUGCCGUCCCCUCAUCACAGACGGGCCAUUAGCAUGGAUCAUCUCGUCGCCAAAGUUCCCGCCAAUUACGGCAACAGCCCAACAUCGACUUCAGCUUCAGCCCGGUCCAAGUUGUCGAGCAAUUCUUCCUUGAGCAGAGGUCAAAUCGACACGGCGGCACCUUUCGAGUCCGUCAAGGCUGCCGUCUCGAAAUUCGGAGGCAUUGUCGACUGGAAAGCCCACCGUGUCCAGACUGUGGAGAGACGAAAGUUUAUCGAGCAGGAGCUGGAGAAGGCGCAGGAAGAGAUGCCGACUUACAAGCAGCAGUGCGAAGCAGCCGAAGACGCCAAAACCCAAGUCCUCAAGGAGCUCGACAGCACCAAGCGUCUGAUCGAGGAGCUAAAGCUGAACCUCGAGCGAGCUCAGAAGGAAGAACAACAAGCCAAGCAAGAUGCCGAGCUCGCCAAUCUCCGUCUAGACGAGAUGGAGCAAGGCAUCGCUGAUGAGGCGAGCUUCGCCGCCAAGGCCCAGCUCGAGGUCGCCCGUGCCCGCCACACGGCCGCCGUCUCGGAGCUCAAAACCGUAUACGACGAGCUCGACCAGCUCCGCAAGGACUACUCACUCCUCAUCUCCGAGAAGGAAGUCGCCGCCAAGAAAGCCGAGGAGGCCGUGUCCAUCUCAAAGGAAGUGGAGAAGUCGGUCGAGGACCUCACGAUCGAGCUCAUCACUCUCAAGCAGUCUCUCGAGUCGGCCCACUCGGAGCACCUCGAGGCCGAGGAGCACCGGCUCGGGGCCAUCAUGGCCAAGGAGCAGGACGCCGCCAGCUGGCAGGAGGAGCUGAGGAAGGCCGAGGCCGAGAUCGAGCGCCUCAACGCGUCGCUGCUGUCGACGAGGGACCUCAAGACAAAGCUCGACGAGGCCACAUCGCUUCUGCACGGCCUCAAGGCCGAGCUGGCGGCGUACAUGGAGACGGAGACGGCGAAUGUUUCGGAACAGAAAACGCGCGGCGACAUCCAGGCGGAAGUCGUGGCCGCGAAAGAGGAGCUCGAGGAGGUGAGGCUCAAGAUCGAGAGGACGAACGAGGGAGUGAACGUUUUGAGAGAGGAGUCGAAAUCGUUGAAACUCGAGCUCGAGAGGGAGAAAAUGGAGCUGCUCGGGGUCCAGCAGAGGGAAGGAAUGGCAUCGAUAGCGGCCGCGUCUCUUGAGGCCGAGCUGAACACGACGGUCUCGGAGAUCGCCAUCAUCCGGGCCAAGGAGGAGGAGGAGAGUGAGAAGAUGGCGGACCUAACGAAGAAGCUUGAGGAAGCAACUCGAGAGGCGGAAGAUGCGAGGGCCUUAGUGCAGAAGGCACGUGAGGAGGCCGAGAGGGUGAGAGAAGAAGCCGAGCGCGCCAAGGCGGGGAAAUUGGCCAAGGAGAGCCAGCUGAAAGCGGCACAGAAGGAGAUCGAAGCAGCCAAGGCCUCUGAGAGGUUGGCGCUUGCGGCGAUUAGCGCGCUUGAGGAGAGUGAGUCAGCGGCAGCUGCUAAGAAGGCCGAUGAUGAUGAUGAUGAUACGUCGGGAGUCACCCUCUCGUUGGACGAGUAUUACAAACUGAGCAAGCGGGCCCACGAGGCCGAGGUGGAGGCCAAUGCCCGUGUGGCGGCCGCUGUUUCUCAAGUCGAAGCUGCCAAGGAGUCGGAGCUCAAGAGCCUGAGUAAGCUGGAGGAAGUCAGCAGGGAGAUGUCCGCCAAGAAGGACGAGCUAGAAAUUGCGCAGUUGAAGGCCGAACAGGCGACCGAGGGGAAAUUGGCGGUUGAGCAGGAGCUGAGGAAGUGGCGGGCCGAGCACGAGCAGAGAAGGAAGGCUGAUCAGUCUGGGCCUAGGCCCGUCAACACGAGCAAGAGCCCGCUCACGAGCCCCAAGAAGAGUUUCUCUGGCGUGGCGGAGUCCUCGACUCUGCAUCAGAGGUCGAGCCCAAGAGCACAAGUGAGCAAAGAGGAGGAGAAAGAAGCGUUGGCAGACGGAAAGGGUGGGAAGAAGAAGAAGAAAUCAUUUUUCCCCAGGAUUUUCAUGUUCUUAGCCAGAAAGAAGGCACAUGGGAAUAAAAAGGAUUGAAUGUUCUUUGCCAGAAAGAGAAAGAAGGCACAGGGGAGUAAGAAGGGAUGAUGUGAUUGUUUCUUUCCACAUACAAAUUACAUCUUACAUGCCUUCCCUGAAUGCUUUUAUCUGACUUGACCACAGACUGUUAUCUUUCUUUCACAAUUUUUAUUUUUUAAUGUCUAAAUGAGUAAGUGAUAUUUUACGUANUUU